AUGAACGGACUGUCCGCGCCGCGGCGAGGCCGAGAGCACCCGUUACCGGCGGAGUCCGGAGCGGCGCGGACGGAAGGUAAGGAGGGCGGGGAAGCCCGGGAAAGCGUCAGCGCCCGGGAGCGGCCGGGGAAGCGCCGGCGGAACUGGGCGCGGAGGGCGGCGGCGAGUCCGCGCGCAUCCUGCGGCUCUGGCUCCUCCGAAGGCGGGGGCGCCGCGGCCCCUCCCGCAGCCCUGGGGACGAGAAAAGCCGCCUGUCAAAGGGGUCAAGGGGCAAGAAAAGAAAGGGACGAGAGGUGCGGGCCCUGCUCGGACCGGGAAGCCCCUAGAAGCCCUGCGGCCCCCUCCACCUACGCCCGCCGCAGCGCAGAGGCAACGCACCGGCCUCGCCUCCGCCUCCGGGGUCCCCAGAGGGCGCGCGUUUCCAGCUCCGACCCCUCCCCGCAGCCCCCGGUUCGGCUCGCCGGCCGCGGAGCACUCCGCUGGUCCUUUGUGUCGGGGUGCCCCCACGACGCCCCGGCCCCGCCGCAGGGGCAGUGGCGAGGGUGGUCACUUAUCCCCGCUACCGCCGCCUCCCCGGCCCACCGGCAUCGAGAAGCCGGAAAAGGGUCCGAAAGGGUUUCGGGCUCCUUACCGCGACCGGCGAGUGGAGGUCAGCUCGUUGCGGGGCGCAGCUCCCGUCCGGGGAUCCCAGAGUUCAUCACGGGUCUAUGCGUGGCCAACUUGAAGCUUUCCCUUCGAGAGCCCCCUGCCCGGGCGGCGGGGUGCUGCUUCUCCGGGAAAUUCAGAGAAGCGGGCGGUCGGGAGACUGGUGGGCGGAGGAGCCGGCGCCCCGGCUGGGAACGCGGCCGGCGGGCGAGCGGGGUGUGCCCCGGGGCGCGCCAGGCCGCGGCGGCUCCCGGGAAAGUUCUCCCGGCUGUGCGACGGGUGGCGCCCCGGGCGGGAGCGUCCCAGGUGCAGCUGGGCCGGGCCUGGGUGUCUGCAAAAGGCCCGGGAGCCAAGCCGGGACCCAGUGGCCGGGAAGGGGGCGCCCCUUCUGGGGCGGGGUCUCGGCUGGGGAUGGAGGGCGGAGCAGAGAUGGUCAGAUGGCGAGGUGCUGGAAGGUCCGCACGGGAACCGCGCGGCGCGUGA